GAGGGGCGAUGCCCAUAACGCGGAAGUAGCGCGCUGUGAGGGGAAAAGAAAAAGGAGGAGGAGCGGAGCGAAAUCGGGUUGCCGCUUCGUUGGAAGCUGAGGCGGCUGUGAGUCCCUCCUGAGGAAGGCCCUGUCCUCCUCCUCCUCCUCCGCGGAGGCCCCCAUCGCGGGGCUCCUGCCAUGAAUGUGGACGUGGAGUUUCACAUUCGCCACAACUACUCCUGGGCCCGCCUCCCCGCCAGCGUCAAGCAGGGUCUUGGAAACUCACAGCGAGAAUAUGAGAAGCAGGUUGUGCUAUAUAGUAUCCGCAAUCAGCUACGGUACCGAAAUAACUUAGUUAAGCAUGUCAAGAAAGAUGAACGCAAAUACUAUGAGGAGCUGCUAAAGUACAGUAGAGAUCAUCUCAUGUUAUACCCAUACCAUUUAUCUGACAUCAUGGUGAAAGGUUUAAGGAUAACACCCUUUUCAUACUAUACAGGAAUAAUGGAGGAUAUAAUGAACAGUGAAAAGAGCUAUGAUUCAUUGCCCAAUUUUACUGCUGCAGAUUGCCUAAGGCUUCUUGGCAUAGGAAGAAAUCAGUACAUUGAUUUAAUGAACCAGUGUAGAUCAUCCAAAAAAUUUUUCAGAAGGAAAACUGCUCAUGAUCUGCUACCCAUGAAGCCAGUAGAGAUUGCUGUAGAGGCUUGGUGGGUGGUACAAGCUGGUUACAUCACAGAGGAUGACAUAAAGAUUUGCACUACCUCUGAAAAAACUGCUAUUGAUAAGAUCAUUGAUUCAGGUCCUCAGCUUGCUGGAUCUCUGGACUACAAUGUAGUUCACAGCUUGUAUAAUAAGGGGUUCAUUUACCUUGACGUACCAAUAUCAGAUGACAGUUGCAUAGCAGUGCCUCCACUUGAAGGUUUUGUUAUGAACAGAGUUCAGGGUGAUUAUUUUGAAACUCUGCUAUACAAGAUAUUUGUUUCAAUAGAUGAACACACAAAUGUGGCAGAGCUUGCAAAUGUCCUUGAGAUAGACCUUUCAUUGGUGAAGAAUGCUGUUUCCAUGUAUUGUCGGUUAGGUUUUGCCCAUAAAAAGGGCCAAGUAAUAAAUCUGGAUAAUCUUCAUUCAUCGUGGCGGAAUGUUCCAUCUAUAAAUAGGCUGAAAACUACUUUGGAUCCACAAAAGAUGCUGUUAUCUUGGGACAGUGGAGAAAGUAGAAGCCCUGUACAGGAGGCUGGAUCAUCAGCUACAGAUACAGACACAAACAGUCAGGAUGACCAAGGUGAUACUGCUAGUGUGAGCAGCCUGAAUUUGUCUGGUGGACACACAAAGCGCAUUGCUUUUCUAUUUGAUUCAACUCUUACUGCAUUUUUAAUGAUGGGGAAUCUCUCGCCAAAUUUAAAAAGUCAUGCAGUAACCAUGUUUGAAGUUGGAAAACUAUCAGAUGAGUCAUUGGAUAGUUUCCUUGUGGAACUUGAAAAGGUUCAGAGCACAGGAGAAGGUGAAGCUCAGAGAUACUUUGAUCAUGCACUGACCCUGCGAAACACUAUACUGUUUCUGAGGCACAAUAAGGACCUAGUAACUCAAGUUACGCAACCUGAGCAGCCUAAUAAUGGUUUCCCUCUGGAUUUACUGCGCUGUGAAAGCUUACUUGGCUUGGACCCUGCCACCUGCAGUAGAGUUUUGAACAAAAACUACACACUGCUAGUCUCCAUGGCACCUCUCACCAAUGAAAUCCGACCCAUCAGCAGUUGUACACCCCAGCAUAUUGGACCAGCGAUUCCAGAAGUUAGCUCAGUAUGGUUCAAGCUGUAUAUUUAUCAUAUUACUGGUCAAGGGCCCCCAUCCCUCUUGUUAUCUAAAGGCACAAGGCUUCGAAAACUUCCAGAUAUCUUUCAGGGUUAUAACCGUUUAUUAAUAACAUCUUGGGGUCACGAUCCAGGAGUAGUCCCAACUUCAAAUGUACUUACGAUGUUGAAUGAUGCAUUAACACAUUCUGCUGUUCUGAUCCAGGGACAUGGUGUGCAUGGUAUGGGGGAGACUAUCCAUAUGCCAUUUCCAUUUGAUGAAGCAGAACAGCAAGAAGAUUUUUCUCGUCUCAAUAUGGGUGUUCAUAAAGCACUAAAGAUACUAAGGGAAAAGAUGGAUUUGCAACACUUUUGUGGCUACGUAACCAUGCUGAACCCUUUCAGUCACCAUUUAAAUAGAAAACCAAGUGAUGCCUCUGAUGGAAAAGGUGAGCCAGAGCUGGCCCUGGGCUCAGAUGUAAAUGGGAGCACAGAAUCAUUUGAAAUGGUCAUUGAAGAGCCAUCCAUUGAUAAUGUGGCUAAACAAAAUCCAGAAGUCCCCACAACAGAAAUGGAAUGGGUUCCCCUGGAAUUGUGCUUUGGAAUUCCACUUUUCAGCUCUGACCUGAACCAGAAGGUUUGCCGAAAAAUUGCAAGCCAUGGACUGUGUAGCAGAGAGAGCCUACAAAAACUGUUACAUUCCAGUAGAAAACUUUCUCUACAGGUACUUAGCUUCGUUCAUUCAUUCCAGGAAAGCAUUUCAACCAUGGAGUUACUUUCAGAGGUCAAUUUCUCUUCUACUACAAGUUUACUUUCACAUCCAGCUUCUACCGACACAGGCGUUCCACUUCCUGCCAAGAAUCUAAUGUUCAAGGACGGUGUAUUAUCUGAAUGGAAUGGACGGUCUCCUUCCUCUGUCCUUAUUGCAACCAUGCCUCCAGAGCACCUGAAAUAGCUUGAAGGCUCAACGUGUCUUGUUCACAUCUUGCCUUUUUCCUCCUGAUUACUGACUGCAUUCAAGUUACAGUGCCAAUUUUCUCAGAAGUAUAAUGCUACCACAGCAUGACCUCUGCAAUGAUAGUGUUAUUAAAGUGUGUAGUGUUGCACUUAACUUGGGGGAGACACAUCCUUCCUGUUAAUUUACUGCAUGUCCUGCUGCAACAGGAGGCUUCUUUAGUUGUCAGCCUGUCUCUCUUUUUAUCUCAAGACAGUCGGUCCUUUCUUUUAUAACCGAAACACCUUUCGUAGGCUUUCUGAUUAUUGGAUUUCUAGGCUGUCAUAAUAGAUAAGAGCAGUUUUUAUACAUCCAUGAUGCAGACUGUAAAUUCUCUCCUUUUUUUGUAAUGUAGUAACCCACAACAGUUAAACAGAUUUUGACAUUAGAAAGGCACAAAUGGUAUUUAAGCAGCAUAACAAAAAAAAAUUGGUGCUGGUAUCAGAAGGGAAUUGGUACUAGUGAAGUAGUACUGACAGACUUAAUAUCUGUUACCUACCUGAUAAGAAGAAUGACUGGAGGAGAUUCGUAUUGGUAUGUGGAUGCUGUUUUCUAAAUGGAUUUAAUCUCAAAGUACCUCAUGGGAAAACUUACAUAGAGCAUGGACUAUUUUGUCCAUGCUCAGUAGAACCUCUGUGAUGGUAUUGUACCAGAGUUAAAUGUGGCACCGUCUAUACAUAGAUGUAUUUGCUUCUAGACUCUUGUUUCUGCAGUGUUGUUCUGUUGGCACAACUGCAUUGCACCCAAAACAAAACAAAAACUUGAGGGACUUUUGCUCCAGCCACCUUUUUGACCAAAGCUAAUGGAGAACCUGCUCACACAGCCAAUUCAUAAUGUGUUAGCUGUAGAAAAGAUGUGUUUUUAAUAGUUUCUAGUUCGUAGUUGUGUGAAUGCCUCAUCAUGUGAAGAAUUCAGCAUUUGAUUUGCCAGUGCAACAAGCUGCAACAGUUUCUCUGAAUAUUGCAUAUGUUAAUAGACCCAAAUGGUUUUGCUGUAGGGGCUGCAUAGAAUCAGUUUCCAGUGGAUUCUUUCCACUGAUGAUUGACAUAGUUAUUAAAGAGUGUCCACAAGGAAAAUCAGAUCAAAUUUCUGUGUAGAAAAAGACAGAACAUCUGAGGUAUUGCAAAUGAGGUAUUGGAAUGUCUGUAGGCUGAGAUUUCAGUGGACUGUUUAGGGCACAAUCCACCGGGGAGUUUCUAAUAUACACUGAAAAUAAUAACAGCUGUGCAGCUAGCAGUCCUGUCCUGUGUUGUUCCCAUUUGUUUCGGAAGAACUUGCCAGUGGAUUGGGGUUACGGGAUAUAGGGGUUUUGUUAAUCACAAAAAAGGUUAAUUGAAGAUUAUUAUGUUUUGAUCUGUUCUAGAUUUUGUUAACAUUCCCUCCCUAGAAGGGUAGGAAAAGUAUGCAGUAUUUAACAGUUAGCUUUGUUCAGUUUAUAUGAACUCUGUACUGCAGUUCUGUCACUUUCAGAAUCUCAGCAGCUGUGAUAUGUUACGACACAGUUGUAAAAAAAUUACAAAUUAGAAGCUUUGGUGUCAAAUCAAUAUGGUCUAUAAUGUUUGAUAUCAGGCUUUGGCAAGUGUUUUGUUUUUCCCAUCUUAAAUGCAUGCUAGCAGGCUUUAAUGGUAUGGCUGUUUUGAGGACCAAAAACUCAGAGUAUUCUAUCUCAGAAUCAUUCAAAAUAGGAAACAGUAAUAGCAGGUAUGCAUGUGUCGAGGAGGAAGGAUUUCUUGUGCAUAUUUUGUGAAUGAGGAAAAACCCUGUGAUUUUUUUUAUUCUAAUUGUUUGAAAUUAAUUAUUUGCUUCUCCCUUACUCUCACACUCACACACUGUUUCCCUUUUUAUUUAUAUGCACCAUUUCUAGAAAUGAACAGUUCCCUUUCAUCAACAUGGACGUUUAGCCAUCUCUCUUUAUCUAGCUUUUGUUUUUCCUUCAGUAAUAUGAGCAGGACUCUGCACACAACACAAGAGCUUUACCUGAUGAAAUAACUUGGCAUGAAUGUUUCAGGUCUUCUGUCACAUUGGAGAUAUACCAACAGUGGCCUUCUAAUAAAAGGAAAGUAAGCAGGUCCACAGCCAAAGGUUUUGUCUUGGGGUGGCCUGUGUCUGAUGAGACUAAUCAUAAGUUUUUAAAUGACAAGUAAGUGAGAGGUGAUACUUUUAAGUUCAUCAUUAAAACAUGUCUGUAUCAUCCACCAGGAAAUAUAUUCAGAAAUGGGGCAAAGGCAACCCACUGAAAUCAGGGCCCAGUCCAUCCCUACUCUGGGACAGGAGACCCAAGAGAUGGUUGAGAAGAGCCAGGCCUGUCUAGGGGCCUAAGAAUAGGAUGUGGAUUGAGACUAGUUGCAGUUCACAGCCACUUCUGGAUACUCUAUGGCUGCCAUGUGAUGAGAAUUCAAAAACGUUUUUUAAAAAACCUAUCCUGCUUCUUUUUCUCUAAGAAAUAAUAAUUGAUGAAGUGCAGGAGGAAGGACCACUUGCAGCCAGCUCUCCCAACGUUGGGAGAUUUUCAUAUUUUCUACAUUUGACCAUCUGAUUAAAGGGUUUUCAGUAGUAGAGCAGCAAAGCAGAUGCAUAGUCUUUUUCUCUCUUUUUAUAACUCAAAUGUCAAUUGGUAUCCUUUGUCUAGAGUUUCAGCAAGAAAUCCCUCAAAUUUAUACUAGAGUUAGACUCAGAUUUAUACAAGAGAUGGAUUUUCCUAGGACUCAAUUGGAGUCACACUUACUAUUUCACUCCCUGGUCUAAAGGUACUGUCUCACCUUGCCCUCUUAUUCUUGACAAGUAGUCUUGAAAGAAACUGCAAUAAAAUUAGUGGCAGAAGUUAUGCUGUCUCAUCUGUGUAGAUGAUGGUUUAAUCCCCAAACGUCAGUGCCCUAUACAGCCCAUGAGUAUAGCGGGUGCUUAAAAAUGAUAAGCAGAAAAUGCUUAAGGCUGUAUUCUGUACAGGCUAUAUUCCAUCUGUGGUUUGAGAGUGAGAGGGAGAAUGGGGCUCAUUCCAAGCCAUACCUGUGCUCCACUCUUGGAAAAAUCCCCUCCAUUGUGGAAAAUGAAGAUGAAAAAAGUUGCUUUACCAUUCCAUCACUUAUCCUUACUACCACUACUGCUAUAAGUCAUCUGCAAUAUGAAAAUCUAAAUUAUUCAAAUAUACACAACCUGUAUUCAACCAAAAAUAUCCAUAUUUUUAAACCUUAUUUCUUUUUUUAAAAAAAAUUCCCAGCAACUUUUUACUUGUCAAGAAUCAAGUUGGUGAUGUUUUAUGCCUUAACAUUUCAUAGUUCAUCUGUGCUUCUUAAUUAAAAUGUGUUUUGCUGUUUGAAUUUGGUAAUAAAUGAAGCAUCCAAAAAUAGUAUUUUAACUGGACUAGGCUUGAGAGGCUUUUUCAAGGCCAGUUUGAUCAGGGUGGCCCUUAUUCAGAUGUAUUUUCUCCCUUCCCCAUUUUCUAAUUUCCUAGCAACUUGAAUUCUUUCGGUUGUGCUCUUAUUUCUCUUUGUAUUUCUUUCUCCACUGUUUCUAAAGCCACUCGUAUCUUUUGAAAAAGGUUUUAAAAUGUGAGAGUCUGACAAUUGUAAAGCAACCCAGUUGCUUUGUUCCUAGUCUGACGUUGAUAGUAUACAGUGAAAUGUAUAAACUGGUAUUCAGUUAAAUUAUUGGAACAUGUAACAUAAAUGUUUACAGAAUAAAACCGUGUUGCUGGUCAUGA